CUCGACUUUAGUGGGAAGCGCAAGCCACGGCAUGGGGAGGACGGCCAGAACUUUACACCUCGGAGCCCUCUAUGCUAUUCUUUCUUCGUAUUUUAACUCUCCCAAGAUGUGCUUGGUGCGUGCCGGUGAAAGAGCAGCAUAGGAUUUAAGAAUGAUAAAAGGAAGAGAGGCGGGGGGGUUGUACUGAAUGCAUGUUUGCUGCAGACGGGACACGCGCGUGCCGACAGGCUAUUGCACGUGAAUGUGUCAGCUGAGGAAGUCCUCACUCUGUCUUCUCUCCCCCCCUCCCCCCCCCUUCAUGGUGGCAUCUGUGAAAAAUGUUAUGACUCCUCAUCACUGCCAGUUCAAGCUCCAUUUAUUUGUGUUGGGCAGAAAGGCAGAAAUGGGCCAGAGAAUGACCUAUAGAGAGAGAGAGAGAGAGAGAGAGUGCCAAGAAAUAAGGCGAGUGACGUUGGAUCGACGAGUGUUUUCCGCAAGUUAUAACCAAAACAUGUUGACUCAUGGAUGAGUAUAUAAGUUUGCUUCAUUAAGCAAGCAUUCCGAGUUUAGAAAAAUAUAUGUUUUUUUCUUAACUGACAGACUCUUCAUUUAUUUAGACUUCCAUCAGUUAGUUGGGUGGAACAUUGUAUUCGGGAGAUGUUUCGACUUGAAAGAUUCUUCAUUCGUUUAAGACUCUCAUCAGUUGGGUCUACGACUGGACAUUAUGUUUGGGAGAUGCUUCGACAUGGAAGACUCUCUAUUCAUUUAGGCUCCGCUCCCAUCGAUUGGGUCUUCGACUGAGCACUACGUUCGGGAGAUGUUUCGACAUGGAGGAAAACUUUUUAUUCAUUUAAAUUCCUAUCGAUUGGGUCUAUGAUCGAACAUUAUGUUUGGGAGAUGCUUCAACGUGGAAAUGAAGAUUACGCAUUGUAUUGUAUUGUCUUCGAGAGAUGUUUCGACGUGCAAGACUCUGGAUGAUGGAGAGUGUACGGCACCACUCAUCAAUUAUUGCCCCCAAAGUUGUAGCUUAGGACGGUGAGCCAAACCGGAAGAGACCAAAUCUGAAACCUGAAAUCCGACGAUGAUGCACCAACUUCAUCGUUCGUUAAUAAUUGUAGCGAUGCGAUGCGAUGCGAUGCAUCAUUUCUUGUCACAGAAAUUGAUAAAGCACGGGCGGUGAUCAGAUGGUCAUUCUGCGGAUCAAGGGAUGCCUUUCUGGGAGAGAACAUGAAAGAAACCCAAACCAGGGUGCAGAAAAGGAGAAGCCCCAGCGCCCUGGCCAAUGGGUUCGCAGGUUUGAAGGCCACCUCUUCUUGCCAUCUCUCCCUCACCCCUCUUAUUGAUUUGCAUUUGUAUUAAUUGACGUGCCCCCACUCGCUCUCUCUCUCUCUCUCUCUCUCUCUCUCUCUAUAAUAACCCCACUUAGCUCCAUCACCCUCACCCCCUCCCCACACUCCCUACACCAUCAAGAGACGAGUCAAGGAACACACACCGGUAUAACGAGAAGAUGAGUGGAAGACCUCUCACAAAGCCUGCUGCACUCAUGAAGUCCUUCAACUCCUCUUCUGAUCUCGAGGCUGGAUGCGCUCCUCCUCAUAAUUUCAUGGAAGCAGCCGGGGUGGGAUCUCCGCCGCCCAAGGCCAGGUUCUUCUGCGGCGGCCUCAACGACGACGACGAGCCGCACCACUUCUUGGACUCUUGCAACCUCUGCCGCAAGCCUCUCCCCCGCAACCACGACAUCUUCAUGUACAGAGGGGAUAUGGCGUUCUGCAGCGACGAGUGCCGGCAGGAGCAGAUCGAGAUGGACGAGGGCAAGGACAAAAACCAGAAGAUCUCCCUCAAGGCUUCCUCCAGGAAGGACUCGAACAAGGGCGGCUCCGCCACCAGCCCUCCCAAGUCCCACAAGGUCCACGUUAGGACCGGCACCGUCGUGGCCGCAGGUUGACGGCCAACUGUACCACAUAUACAACACGGGACGAAGAAUCAAACAAAGCACGGGCAAAAAGAAAUCAGUAUGUCGCAGAAGAUCUUGUGUUCGCAGUGGAGAAGUGCACGAGCAAAUGGUUUCAUCACUCCGAACAAGUCGCAUCAGGAGAUGCUGUGUUCGGAGUGGAUCCGCCGUUUUAAUGUCGAACCUCUCUCUCUCUCUCUCUCUCUCAAUCUCAAGAGGCUCUUGCUGGUUUUUGACAUAAAUGAUAUUGAUCUGAGCCUUCGAAGAAAACACUAAAUUGUGAAGGAUGAUUAAUCUGCUAUUUCUCUGUCCUCCUUGCUUCCGGGAAAGAGCAGCGAUAAUAAUGUGAU